AGAUUAGUUAGCUGCGCCGGCGCAGCGAGACGGUUGUGUGUUGGAGUAUAAACAGGGUUUUGCGAUGGGGAAGCUACUAGUUUUGACUGUCCUGAUCACCAUAGUCGGUAUAGCAACAUGGUGUGCUCUACCAAUGCUGUUGCCCCAAUCCCCUCCACAGUUAGAUGCUAAUGAAUGGUGGGGGCCUAUGGAUAUGAAGGGAAAAGUAGAUGCCAGCAUCAAGCCUUUCCAAGUUAAAUUUACUGAAGAGAUGAUAAAAGACCUCAAGAAUCGUUUGCAAAAUAAACGCCAAUUGGUUCCACCGUUAGAAGGUAUUGGGUUCGAAUACGGCUUUAAUUCGAAGGAAAUCGAACCCUGGGCAAAAUACUGGUCGGAGGAAUAUAAAUUUGGAGAUAGAGAAAAGUUCCUCAAUAAAUUCCCGCAAUAUAAGACUAACAUACAAGGUCUAAAUAUACAUUUCAUAAGGGUUAAACCUCAAGUCCAACCAGGUGUCACGGUGGUUCCUUUGCUUCUUAUGCACGGUUGGCCGGGUUCCGUACGAGAAUUCUAUGAAGCCAUACCUCUCUUGACUAAACCAGUUUCAGGUUAUGAUUUCGCCUUUGAAGUCAUUGUCCCAAGCUUGCCCGGUUAUGGCUUUUCCGAUGCUGCAGUUCGUCCCGGCCUGGGUUCUGCACAAAUCGGAGUUAUUUUCAAGAACCUCAUGAACAGACUCGGACAUAAGAAGUUUUACAUCCAGGGAGGCGACUGGGGUGCUAUCAUUGCCAGCCAGAUGGCAACCAUGUUCCAGAAUGACAUCUUAGGAAUGCACUCAAAUAUGUUAAUUGUACAGACCGGCUGUUCCACUUUGAAGAUAUUAGUGGGUGCUCUCUUCCCAUCACUUAUAGUUGAAUCACACCUGGCUGAUAGAAUGUAUCCUCUGUGGAAAUACUUCUCGUACUUAAUGGAGGAAUUUGGAUACAUGCAUUUACAAGCCACAAAACCUGACACAGUUGGAGUGGCGCUAUCAGAUUCUCCAACUGGUCUCCUAUCUUACAUCUUAGAGAAAUUCUCAUCUUGGACACGCUUCGAACAUCGUACAUUAGUCAAUGGAGGGCUGACAUUCCGCUUCAGUAAGGACCAGCUCAUAGAUAACCUCAUGGUCUACUGGGCAAGCAACUCCAUAACCACCUCGAUGAGGCUUUAUGCUGAAAACAUGAGCAAUAAAAAUCGAGCUCUUGAUAUAGACAAAUUUUCCACAUCCGUACCAGCAUGGGCAUUACAAGCCAAAAAUGAGCUGUUCUACCAACCACCGAACAUCCUGAAGCAUAAAUACUCCAACCUCCUGGGAGUCACAGUUCUAGAUGACGGCGGACACUUCAUCGCAUUCGAAAUGCCGAAAGUUUUCGCCGAUGAUGUCUUUAAAGCUGUAAAAUUAUUCAGAGAUUUUCAUAAAACUAAGACUGAAUUAUAAUUAAAUACUGAUGACGUGACUUUG